AUGAAUGCAUGGAUGAUUACACUGGAAGUUUUGCGCUGCAUAAUUUUCGUUGCGUGGCUCUCGGAUUUUGGUGGUUGCUGUAGUCAAGAUGCUGGACGAUUAUUCGAAGAUCUGCUGGCUGAUUACAACAAACUUGUGAGACCAGUAAAAAAUGAUACGGAUACGCUAAUUGUUCGAUUUAAAUUGAAGCUUUCGCAACUGCUUGAUGUGCACGAGAAGAAUCAAAUAAUGACAACAAAUGUAUGGCUUCAACAUAAACUAAAAAAUAAUUUUCAUCUAAGUGUUGAAAUGAGUGGUAACUGUAAUAAUACCCAAAUAAUGCAAGUCAACAUUUUUUCGAGCUGGAUCGAUUUUAAACUAAAGUGGGAUCCCGCAGAAUAUGGCGGAGUCAAUGUACUGUAUGUGCCUUCAGAUAUGAUCUGGCUUCCGGAUAUCAUCAGUUAUUUAAUGCUUACCUUAUCAAAACAGUCAUUACCUUUGAUGAGAAAAAACAACGAUUCUAGCGCAGAUGGUAAUUAUCAAGUGUCGAUAAUGACAAAGGCAAAAUUAUUGUCUAAUGGGACAGUUGAAUGGUCACCACCUGCAAUUUACAAAAGCAUGUGCCAAAUAGAUGUUGAAUGGUUCCCAUUUGAUGUGCAGACGUGUGAAAUGAAAUUCGGUAUGAACCAAUUUCUUGUAUUUUCAAAGUAUUCACUUCUUUAAGA